UCGCUUCUUAUUAUCGUAUGUGUUGUUUGUAGAUUUGUUACAGUUUUUUUCUUAUUUUUGCAAAAAGAAACAAAGUUUAUAUUAGUAUGAAUGUUGGUGAAAGAGAAAACUCGCCAUGUUUAACUUCUGACACCUCUUUCCAAGUAUCUCUUGCAGAUGCAAAGAAUAAAGUUUGGUGGAAGUUUUAUAUUAUGCGGCCUGGAUUAUUUGAGCAAGCAGUUGGUAUAAUUAGCGCAAAUUUAAAUAAAGAUCGUGAUGGAAUAUAUCAGUCUGCAUGGGCUCUAGCUGAGCUUGAUCAUUGGGAUAUGGAAAAUGAAAGAAUUGUUGUAUUGACUGAUUCUAAUAUGGUAGUUGUUAAGUUUAACUUUUCAAGUAUGUGUAUUGAGUCUUGGAGAAUGUUUAAACUAAGGCAAAUUGAUGGUGUUCAAACUGGUCCAUUUGUCUAUCCUAAAAGAAAUGUUACAACAGCACGCGCACAUCAGUCCGGAGUACGAAUAUCAUGGAACAAAAAAGAAGUGCUUUCAUUAUGGCAACGCUUUAGCCCUUUAUUCAACAGUCCAUCCUAUGUUACAUUUUCCGAACAUAAAGCUGCAUCUCAGCUAAAUAGCUGCCCUCCUUACAUGAACUUACAAGAGUUUAAAAAAGCAGUUAUUUUAGCAUCGCAGACAUCCGGUGCUUUAUUUGAAGGAGUGGAUGGGCCUAUUUAUUUAGAAGUUUACAUUGGAGCUGCUUCAAUGAUUCAUAACAGUCCUGAUCUAGGUUAUUCAAUGGAAAGAGUUAUAGCUGCUUUUUAAUAAGUUAGUUGUAUUUGUGUAUUUGUUUUUGUUAAUAUCAUGUAUUAAUAUUAAAUUAUUAUUAUUAUAUAAUAAUAUUAAACUAAUAAUAUUGAAUGUUAGCUUCAAGAAAUUAUUUUUAUUUUUUAUGUACAGUUUUGAGUAGUUUCCUUGUGGUAUUUCACGAUCUUUUGUAAUUUACUAAUGAUGUUUUAUGUUACAUUUUUAUGUUAUUUUUGUUUUUGAAUUUUACUACUGACUAAA